AUGUCAACUGAAGACACCGUCACGCAUCAGCCAUCUCUGCACUGUGCCACUAGCACGACAGCUGAGGAGCCGGUGGAGAAGACCUCUAUUGAGAAGCAGUCCCGAACUGCUCCCACUGGAUGGCGCGUGCCCAGCGGCAACGUCUUGUUGGCCUUUACUGUUGGGAUUGCUGCCGCGGCGCUCUUCUACAUCGUCCCGCAGUCGUCCCCAUCCAACUUUGCAUCCUCUUCCAAAAGUCAUCCCCGAGGCCUCACGAUGGACAACACAUCCGUGCCACUUCCACCAAAGUACCAAAGCGAUAUCGUGGCCAUGACACCGCGCACGCUGUUGUUUCCCGACGCAUCCUGCGACCCACCGUCAGUUGCAUAUCCAAGUGGCCACAACUACGGCACGGAUUCGUUCGUGUCGAUCGAGUAUGCUUUGGAUCAAGACCUUCGCCUUUCAGGCCACGUCCUUCUCCUCUUGAACGGCGACAACCAUGGCCUGCUCUUCGAGUGGUUCCCCUCGGACGGGGGUUCAUCUUGCCUGUUUGAAUUGGCCGAAGCGGCCGCGUCGAUGCUGGGGGCGGACUCGGCGCUCUUUCCCAAUGGAUUGCGUCUGUACAACCUCGACGGACACCCCAUCGCCAGCGCCGCGGACUUGGAUCAAGGCGGUCGCGUGGCGUACAUUCUGACCGAUUUUCAGCUGUGGGUGUGGCCAGGCAUCGCAGUGGGAUACUCGCGGGUCGUGGACAGCAGCGUGACUCUCACGACGUUGUCGUUGUCACCGCUUGUGUUUGACGUGGAGCACUUUUUUCAAUCCAACGAAGCCGACGUGAUCAUUGCCGACGGCGGGAGGCACCUGGAACGGUCGCCGGUGGUCGGCGCCGAGGACGGCAGCGACUACGACGAUGACCGGACGAGUUUUACGGGAUUUCUGAACGAUUCGGCGCUCACGCGGGACUUCCAGCGUCGGACGGCACGUCUGGCGCGGCUGCCGAGUCCGUCGUUUGUCGAGCGGCUGCAACUGGUGCGGUAUGAGCAAGGGCAGUGGUUCCGCCGCCACGAAGAUUACUAUGACUCGAAGGACUUUGCUAACCGAAAACGCACCGCCGCUGCCUUGUAUGCCGACUGGCUCGAGUUUUUGCGGCGCCAAGGCGGGGACGAUCAAGAGGACGGGGAGGAGAACGGGCUAGCUAAAGUACCUCCCGUGACGGAGCUGGCGGCUUGGGAACUGACGCUCUUGGCGGCGUUCUUGGAGGAUGCGGCGGCGACCGAUUUGUUUGCACGCAUGGGAGCCACCGACUGGAAAGAGUACCUUUAUGCUGCUGCGAAUGAGAACAACCACAAAGCAGUGCAAGAGUUUAUCCAAGAAAAAGGGAUGGUUGGACUCCACCUCGUGAUUCAAUCGUACGAACGACGGCACCCCCAUGGCGAGCCAUACAAUGUACCCCCACAAGGAGUGAGUGGUGUGACCCAAUUCCAUCGAUGGCUGCGAUGGGCCAAAGAACGGGUGGCAGUGCUCGGACCGACUACUGUCUCGCCGGCGUUUCAACCGUCUGGAGAACACUAUCCCAAGUUUACCCGCGACUUUCAAACUAAAUUGUUAAAAUGGAUGAUCGCUGCAUAUUCGCGACAUGACUUGUUGGUUGCCUUGAACGAAUCAGAAGACUGGGUGGACUGGCUUUUGGAAAACGAGAACGCCAACGAAACGCUCUUGCACGUGCUCGCGGAGUUCCCAGACCUGUUUCCCCUCAUUGCCAAAGUAUUUGCCACGCAUGCCGGGCCAGCUUUUGACUACGACACCCCUCAACAACUCAAGUACCAAGAAGCGAACCGGUUUGUCACGCUGUUUCUGUACUUGAACGACGUGGACGAAGGUGGGGAGACAGUAUUUCCGUACUCGCCAGAGCGUCUCGUCACCAACAUCGACCGAGGUGCCAUGUCUGAGUGCUCAGAAGGGCUGGCCGUUCCCCCCACGCGCCUCCACGCCGCCCUCUUUUACGCGCAGACUGGGGCCAAUGACCUCGACCCCAAGAGUCUCCACGGUGGAUGUCCCCCCGCCAAAGGCGUCAAGUGUAAGCAGCCAUUCCAACAUCCAAUCGAUAUUAUAUGA